ACUUCGGACUAUUCACCCUCUCGCUAUCAGAUCAAAAUUACAAGUCCGGCCUGAUCUGAUACCUUCGAAAAUUCCGUAACUUAAAUUAUUUGUAAAAAAACAUUUCACCGAUUGAAACUUGGAGCGAUCAUGCCACAGAAAAAAUUCGGCGCAAGGCGCAAACGUAAACCAAAAAAAAUUGCGAGAGAUAUAAACCCGCAAGAAGCGGAAGCGAAAAAUUUAAGGAGAGAGGAGAAUUUACGAAAACGUAAUGCCAUCCUGAAAACGAUAAACGAGGCUUUGGAAAAAAGAAGAAAGGAAAAAGAGGCUCGAAGAAACGCGAUUAGAGAUAAAAAGAUCAAAGCUUAUCACGACGAGCUCAGAAAUCGGGGCGCAACGAUUCAAGAGCAGAAAAUGACGCAGAUCAGGAAGGACAUGAAAUCGAUCCUAAUCGGGGGCGUUGACAAAGUGAAUGCGAUGAAAGUAGUGGGGGAUAAGGUGAAGCUCGAGGGUUCGACCAUGAAGGUAGGGGGAUCAAAAUACAAGAUGAAGAACAACGUGCACAUGGUGGGCUGGGGUCGGGAGACUUUGAUGCUGGGCGCGGCUCUCGAAAGGGUUAUUGGCAAACGACUGAAGAAAGGUUUUUUGGUCGUGCCGAGAGGAUCGAUAUUCGGUAUGUGGGAGACCCCUUCCUGCUUCCCAAUUUUGGACACCCGUAUAACUUUUUUGGAAGCUGGUUCCGGCGAUUUCCCGGACGACGCGUCGGUCGCGGCCACUCGCAGAAUAGCGGAUUACUGCAAGAAACUGAAAAAGCGGGAUAUUUUGAUCGUCGUUCUCUCCGGAGGCACCGAGGCCCUUCUCAGCUGCCCGAGGGGCGCCGUCACCCUCCAAGAAUACGAGAACGUUCUUUCACGGUUGAAAUCCGCCGGAGCUACGAAGAUGGAAAUUAGCAUCGUGGGCUGCAAACUGUCCACUGUUCUGGGAGGCGAACUGGCCCGACUCGCAUUUCCAGCGAAAGUUGUGACCCUCGCGAUGUCGGACAUUCCGGGAAACCCGGAACUUGAAAUCGCGGGAGGACCGACGGUCAACAACCCUAACAGAGACGCAGCGUUUCACGUGCUGAAAAAAUACAAUAUUGCCGGACGGUUGCCCACCAGCGUCCUGGACAUCCUUAACGAAGAAAAACGACCCUCCGACGAUCCCCUCGUCAACGAUGAGAAUAAGUUCAAAUUCGUCGACUAUCACGUGAUAGCUAGCUCGAUCGAUGCCGUUCGCGGAAUGACCGACGCCGCGUUCAGACUCGGUCUAAUUCCCGUAGUCCUGAAUCAUUCGGUAAUCGGGCCGGUUCGAGAGGUCAGUCAAGCGUACGCCCAGAUCGCAUCACUCAUGAUCCUUGCGGCUGAGGGAAAAAUAAACAAAAUCGAAAUGUACGACGCGAUGAAGUUCAACAGGGUUCUUCCGCUGAGCGAAUCAAUGGUGAGGGAAAUCUUCCCGUCUAAAGAGAAAUGGGGCCUUGGGCUCUGCCUGCUCCUCGGAGGCGCCCCGACUACCACGAUCGAAAUGAAUGUCGACAAAAAAGUACCCGCCGAUAACAGGAGCGGAGCGAACCAGGAGCUCGCGUUGUACUUUUCUCUGGACUGGUACCUCAAGGUAAAAGAGAAUCCGAUUCUGAAAGAAUACGUGGUCUGGUUCCUCGGUGGAAAUUCGAGCGGAAAGGAUGGCAACUCCGCCGCUGCAGGGGCCUACGGGUACGCCAAUCUCGGCCCAGGGAUAUUCCAGAGGCACAAAGAACUCAAGAAAGAAGAAGAGACGCUGGACCUCAAGGUCCGAGGAAUGGUCCGAACGAGUCCAGGGGGUGAAGCAACCCUAGAGGCUCUCGAACAAUUGACUUCCCUUCGCGACGAGAUCGCUCGAAUUUCCCGCAUUCUGCCCGACCGUGUUCUGAGGGAGGGUAACGCCAACUUUAUGUUUAUGAAUAUAAACGACGGCGACGAACUUCUCGAUCUCGGCUACACAUUUACCGGUGUAUGCGAUCUCCACGUGAUACGAAUAGUUCGAUACCAGUGUAACUGCGACGGAAAUUGUCUGGGACGAGGCGAAGGCAAACGAUCUUCGCUGCCUUCGGGCAUAUGUCAAGACCGGGAAUGCGUAGCAAAUAAAACUUUGCCACGCGUCGUGAUUGACCCAUCGCCCGAAAGCAGGACGUGUUGUGGCCGAUUCGCGGGACCAAAGAUCAAGAUUCAAUGAGAACGACAAUGGAAUUAAUCGCGAACCAAUGAUAUUGCUGCCGACAAUAUUUUCGUCCGAGUGAAAUUUAACG